GCAAAAUGGCGGCAUUGGUUGCUAAAUGUGCUAAAUGAACAAGCGGAAGAAAAAACUAAAUUGAUGCUUGACAAAAUUUCCCGCUAUCCUAUCUAAUACUAAUCAAUAUAUUCAGUAUUGUUUCGAUCGAUAUUCAUGUUGUUAUGGCGAGCACGCUGGAUUUCAGGACACAUGUCGAUCAGUCAUGCAGAUAUUCAGAAGAAUUUGUCAACAUUUAUUACGACUGCAUGGAUAAGAAAAGGAGGAACUUGACCCGGCUCUAUUUGGACAAGGCGACCUUGGUGUGGAACGGGAAUGCGGUGUCAGGGCAGGAUGCUCUUGGCGAUUUUUUUGAGUCGUUGCCUUCCAGCGAGUUCCAAGUUCAAACACUGGAUUGUCAGCCAGUUCACGAGCAAGCAACCCAAGGUCAGACCACGCUGCUCGUGGUGACUGGUGGGACAGUGAAGUUCGAAGGGAACAAACAGCGUUUCUUCAACCAGAACUUUCUUCUGACAGCUCAGGCGACGCCCAACAAUGACCAGCCUGUUUGGAAGAUCGCUAGUGACUGUUUCCGAUUCCAAGACUGGAACAGCUGAGGCUCUCUCCUCUGCGAUGUAUGAACACUCAACAGUCAUGGUCUAGAUCCAGUUUCUUUAUUUCCGUUUUUGUAAUAAAAUUAAAAUGCCAUGCACCAGACAAUACAAAAAAAAAAUAAUUGGUUUAUUCUUGGAACGUUGAACAAGGCAUGUGAUCAUAAUGGAGUAAUAAAUACAAAUAGGAUCGCCAAACAACCAACUGUAAAGCAACCGUCAAUGUGUGAAGUCUUAAGUUUUCAUGAUGCAAAUCCAUCAACGCGACAACACUUGACAACUGAAAAAUACACAGAAAACACCCCGAUAUUAAAAUGAAGACUCCACUUCAGAUACCAUCAUACCCAAAUGUACAUUAACCCAUGAACUGAAGUAAAACAAGCACAGUAUCACAAGUUCUGACUAGCUAAUGCAAAUAAGCAUCGUAGCAAUUUGUUAGUAGCAAAACAUGCUUCAUCUUAAAUAAAUACACUGCCCACGAGAAAUAUGACAAAAGGUUUUUCUUUACAAGUAACACUAUUUCACAAUUUAAUAAAUUAAAACAUUUGCUUAUCUUCCUGAGUCAUUUAUGUUCACACAUUUUGGUCUCACCGAAUAAAUUGACACAAUAGCAAAAGUAUAAAUUAAACAGCUGUCAGAAAAAGUAAAGUAGAUUGAAUAGCAGACCCGAUCACAAGCAUGUUUAAUUCUAUAUGAUCGGUGUCAAGUGUAUCUCUGGGUGGGGAUAUUUUCCCCUCAAGUAAAAGAACAAUUGGCAGUAAAGCAUGAACUAUUUGUAACUCGAUGCCACUUACUUCUGCUCGACUACACAGGUACUGCAGACUGAAGGCACAGUAACAUUAGUACUGCAAAUGUACAAAAGAGCAAUACAAGCCUCCCUGAUGAUUACAGUUAUUAUUGAAUUGAAGUAACAGCAAAGCAUCGGCAACAUACGGGGGAACAGUGGUACUUUUUAAAUCAGCUACAAACUGAGGACCAGCGGAUUUAUGUGGUGGAAGUUAUGUGCCGUAAUGGUCUCGGACCGUUUUUCAAGAGUUGUCCACUUGAGUGCGUUUUCGUUGACAAUAAAAACAGGCAGGACACAUUGUUCAACAGCUACAAGUAUUUACAGCUUCUCUGUUCAAGACAUUUUCAUUUGGUGGUACACAAACAGCAUACUGGUUACAGUGGGGACGCUUGGGUGAAAGUGAGCAAAGUUAUUUGCCCCCGUACAUUCUCUCUAUGUGGUGGAGAUAGUGGUUCUUCAGCUCUUUCCUCUUCAGCUUGAAGGCGUCUGUGACCAGGCCCGUCUCGGGGGUCCACGGCUCUGGAAUCAGAUGUACCUUCACCGGAAUCUCAAAUCGCUGGAGUUUAACUGUAUGGAUGAAAAGAGAACAGCGACGCUCAGUAUAGUACAACGAAAAGCGCUCCUUCCUACUAAAAUAUAGCGAAAAGAGCAUGUGUCGCCAGAGAGGAGGACAGAUAUAAGAAGUACACAUAAAAGUAACGAUAACUAGUACAGCCAUAACACAAUAUCAUGAAAACACACGGCCACUUCUUACUGUUAGCAGCAACCUCCUUGAUCUCCUUCAGGACCUCUCUUUCCAUGUCCGGGUGGGUGCAGAUCUCCUCCCAUGCCCCCACGAUGCCUCUCUGUUCGGCCAGAUCCGUCAUCCUCUUCUGGUUGGGAACCACGAAGCUGAUCACAUAGUUCUGCUCACUGAAAGGAUGCAGAAUAGAAACAAGGUUGACAAAAGGCCACGGAUAAUAAUGCACCUGUGCCCGCUGCUGAAAAGUUGAAAUAUUUAAAAUAGUUGAAAUAAUCAGUUGAAGUCAUAUUGAAGUAGCCUUCAAAUUACAAAACUGAAAGUUGAGAUAGUUCGAAAGGAAGUGCUGAAAGAAGUUAGAUUGAAGAGUAAGCUCUGAGGGAAGAUGAGGUGUUGAUUUAAUUGUUAAGUGCGGACAGAAGUUGAACAACCUGUAGAUUCAGUUGAAGUUAAUGAGGAGCUGAAAUGUAAGUCGAGGCGUAGGUGUUACAGUUGAAGUCCUGAAAUAAUUCAGUGACUGUUCAAGUGUAUGAACUGAAAGAUGUCAGUUGAAGUGCAGGCUCAAGUGUGAGCAUUAAAAAGCAGUUGGGAGUGAAAUUGUGUAGGAUCAGUGGAAGUGGUUAAACUUUAUACGGGCUGAGGAAGUGUCAGUUCUGUCAGUUUCAGUUGAAGUGAAAGUCAUUUUUCAGCUGCAUUCGUCUUUCUCAUUAGCUGACAUUAAAGGUCAAUUUCUGAACUGGGAAAGCUGAGAAACACAACUACUGUUGCUGGGAUAUCUUAAUUAAUUUGAUAUCAAGAUAUUAUUAGGAUUUUUUUUAAAUUUAUUUAUUUUAUUUUAUUUAUUUUUUUAAAUUGUAGCAUGCGAAGGCAGCGGGACUGGUGUGAUUAUACAAAAUUAAAUAUGUUUAAAUGGGGUGAUGAAGUUAUACUGAGAUGAACACAUUUGUUGUCCAAAUAAAUGACACGAGGCACACUGAAAACACACAUUUUUAACUACAUCUAAGUUCAUGAUAUGAAUAUAAUAAUACAUUAUAUAAAAUCCCAUGUCAAUCUUCACAGUUGACGCUCAUGGGUGGGACUGGAUUGAACUGUAAAUCAUUUUUUCUUUCUAUACAGUGCAUAUGGUUUUACAAUAUAAACAAACUCCCCACAGUCCAGUCAGUUUUACACGAAUUAUACAUUUUGAUCCAUUUUUGCAUCUGCCAUUUGAAAUGGAUAUUUGGUUUAAUGUGGUAUGUGAGCAAAUAGAGGAACAAAGAAAUUAUGAUCAUCACAUGCAAUGUCAUCCAUAUUUGCAAGCUCUACUGCAGGCUGCAUUAUCUCCUCCUGCUGCAUUGGAUUUGCAUAUGAGAAUGGAGACAAAUAUUUGUUUAGUAAAUAAUUAUUUGUUCAACACUGCAGCUCUAAAGCACACGUGUACUUAAAGCUACAGAAACGUUGUCUUGCCACCAGCUCUUAGAAGUGAGAGCUGAUUGAUACUGCCCCAAAUGUAUCCACCCGGUAGUCUGUUACAUUUCCUGUAACUUUGAACCUAAAUAAAUGACUUACUCACCUGUUUGCAUAAGCACAAAUGUUGUCUAUGAUGGAGCAGUUCUUCAGAGCGCACUCGACUUU